AUGUUUCUUUUUAAAAUCCAAGAAAUUGGCCAAGUGGCCUGUUGCUGCGGAUCUGCAGCUUGUUCAGUUUGUUGUUGCAGCUGCUGUCCAAAACAGACAAGUUCGACAGUCACCCGACUUAUAUACGGACUAUUCCUAUUCAUCUGGAUAGGCAUAGCUGCCCUCUUCAUGCUCCCCAUUUGGCUGGUCAUUUCAAUGACGGGGGCUUUUUUGUUUAUUUUAAUACAAUUGUUGUUGUUGGUCGACUUUGCCCACGUUUGGUGCGAGUCGUGGCUGGAAAAACACUCAGAAUCGACUCACCAAGGCUGGAUUGUCUGUCUUUCCUUAUUCACGUUCUUGUUCUACUCUCUGAGCAUUGCCUGCUUCGGGCUAUUGCUGACAUACUACACGGGAAGUGGGUACAAGAAGGUUUGUGGGGGAUUUAUUGUAGCGACGUCGACUUCUGGGAUAUUCCAAGCUUCGGUCAUGUCGGCUUAUCUUGGAUUCCUGACUUGGAGUGCUCUUAAUAGUUCUACUGGUUUGUGUUUUAUACCGAGUCAUAGUACGACUGACCUUGUGCCCACUAAUAACUCGUUUUGGGUUAAAUGUGUGGCUUCUUGGAUGUGUGCUGUUCUUUAUUUAUGGACUUUGGUUGCCCCUGUGUUUAUCACUUCCCGGGACUUUACUUAA